UUUAUAAAGCACCUUUAAAAACUGCUGUACAAACCAUAACAGGUUACUAAAAUCACAAAUACAAGAAACACAGAUAUAAACAAGAAGGCACCCAGCUCCUAGGCACAAAAUAAACAACACAUGAGCCUAGGCACAACCCAAAAAUCAGCCACAUCAGGAAGAUUCAAAAGUGAAUAAAGUUUUGAGCCUGGACUUAAAAGAGUCAAUGGAGGGGGCAGAUCUGAUAGGGAGGAGAAUGCUGUUCCACAGUCUAGGGGCUACAACAGCAAAAGCAUGGUCACCCUUGAACUUAAAUUUAGAUUUCGGGACAGCCAGGAGCCCCAAGUCAGCCAACCUGAGAGACCUGGAAGUAGAAUAAGUGGUUAGAAGGCCUGCGAUAUAGGAGGGGGCCAGCCCAUUUAGGGCUUUAUAAAGAAACCUUAAAAUCAAUUCUAAACCGUACUGGUAGCCAGUGGAGAAAUGCCAGAAUAGAAGUAAUAUGGUCCCUCUUCCAGGCACCUGUCAGGAGCCUGCCUGGGGCGUUCUGAACCAGUUGCAGACAGGACAGGGAUGACUGACUAAUCCCAGUAUGCAGGUAGUUGGAAUAGUUCAACCUCAAACUCUUUGCCCAUUAAAGUUCUGCCUUUCCAACUUCUCCUUCACCAGCCACAGUUCUCACAUCCACCACAUUAAGUACCUCAAAGUUCAAAAAUAAAUUUAUUAUCGAAGUAUAUGUUACCAUGUACUACCUUGAUUCAUUUUUUUGCAUGCCUUUCAAGAACAUAAAAAAGUACAAUAGAAUUUUACGAACAAAAAUCAUUAAAGAUUGACAAACAACCAAUGUGCAAAUGGACAAAGUGCAUAAAUAAAAAUAACUGAGAUUUUAAAAGUUGUAAGGAGUCCUUCGAAAGUGAGACUGUAAUAGGAUCAGUUCAGAGUAGUGGUGAAUGAAGUCAUCAACGCUGGUCCUGAUGGUUGUAGGGUAAUAACUGUUCGUAAAUGUGUGCUGUGGGAACUAAGACUCCUGAACCGCCUGCCCAAUGGCUGUACCGAGCCGAGCACAUGGACUGGAUGGUGAGAGUCUUUGACGACAGAGGCUGCUUUCUUGUGGCCCAGCUCCAUCUAAAUAGACUCACUGGUGCGGAGAGCUUUCCCUAUGAUGGACUGGAAUAUGUCUACCAGUUUCUGUCAACUUUUCCGUAAAUGGACAUUAGCAUUGCCACACAAGACCGUGUUGCUCUCCAGUGUGUAGCUAUAUAAGUUUGUCAAAUUAUUUGGUGACAUGCCGAAUCAACGCAAAUCUCGAAGUAGUCACCGUCGUGCCUUCUUUGCGCCUUGCUUCCGUCCUGUGCAAUCAGUUUAUGAAGGAAUCAGCCACAAGCUUUCUCUGAACUGCUGAUCAGAUUCGCUGUUGAGGGUGUAAGGCGAUCGCGCGUUCCCCUGCCUCCCGUCCAGCGAGCGCCAUUGGGACGCGGGAACCGAGCCAAGAUGGGGGCGACUGGUAGAAGGCGGGCCAGAGCGCAAGGCGAAGUGUCUCAAAGCGAUUGGUUGAACCAUUUGCCAAUAGCAAAGGGGGACUUCGGCGGCUUGCUGCCGAUCCAUUGGUUGAGGCGGCCGUCUGUCAAGGUUAGCUGCGUGCUUCCGGCCAAGGUGGGUGAAAACACAGGGCGAAGUGACAGGCCGAGCGGCGCGAUGGAAGCGUUAGACAGUGAGAACAUGGACCCCCUUCAGUGGGACACCAAGCUCAGCGAGCUGAAUCUCUCCACGGGGAAUUGCGAUGCUUUCUGCGCGACGCACUUCACAGAGAUGUUGGAUGAAUUUUCCAAGGACAUGCUGGGCCAUCUUUUCAACGAUCCUUUCCUUUCUGAUAAAAAUGAACUGAUGGAUGCAGAGCUCUCACCUGCUCCUCAUAUUCAGGCUGAACAUAGCUAUUCCUUAGCUGGUGACUCCAGACCCCAGUCUCCACUCACACAGCUUUCAACUGAAGAUGAUUUUAGUGAAGAAAUGGAGUGUGAAUCCUGGUCAGUGAGCUCUGAUCUAAAGCCAAUCUCAAUGAAACAUGAAGCUCUCCUUGCUGAUAACUGCCUUGCUCCUUCAGUCACCUUAACAAAUGCAGCGACAUCUACAGUCCUGGAUAUUACACUAAACACGUACAAAUUGGACGUGUCCUCGGUGAAUGAAUCUGGUCUUGAUUCAGUUUCUACUAUUCAGACUAACAGCAGCGCUCAGAAGAUUGUUCCAAAGAUAAAGUUGGAGCCACAUGAGGUGGAUCAGUUCCUCAACCUGUCUCCAAAGGAAGGAACAGAUAUUGUGCAACUACCACCAACCCCACCAAGUAGUCAUGGCAGCGACUGUGAGUGUGGACAAAGCCCAACACGUUCUAUUCAGUCACCAGACCCUGUUGAGCCACAGUCCACAGGAAAAGUUAUAACACGUGCACCAUCUGCUUUGUCCAGCUCCCCACUUCUCACUGCACCACAUAAGUUGCAAGGUUCAUCAGGACCUUUGAUUCUGACAGAAGAGGAGAAGCGCACACUGAUUGCUGAAGGAUACCCAGUUCCUGUCAAACUGCCACUUACAAAAGCAGAAGAGAAAGCACUCAAGAAAAUACGAAGAAAGAUUAAGAACAAAAUCUCUGCUCAAGAAAGCAGAAGGAAGAAGAAAGAAUACAUGGAUACUCUGGAGAAAAAGGUAGAAUCCUGUUCAAAUGAAAACAGUGAACUCCGUAAAAAGGUAGAAAAUUUGGAAAAGGCAAACAGGUCCUUGCUCCAGCAGCUACAGGGGCUUCAGGUUCUGGUUGCUGGGAAGGUGCCCAGAUCCUGCAAGAUGGCCAGUACUCAAACCAGCACUUGCUUGAUGAUUGUGGUGCUGUGCUUUGCCAUUGCAUUGGGGGGAAUAAGUAACAAAUUUGACCCAUUCUCAUCUUCUGUGACAAAAACAGUUGUACCUGUUCAAGAUUCCACACAAGAAUCAUAUGCAGCCACUGUUCGCUCAAGACAUUUAUUAUUUUAUGAGGAUCGCCUUGGCUUUGAAGAUGAGUUCAGUUCAGUGAUGUCGACAGAUGCCUGGGAGAAAUUAGCUGAAUCUGUCAGAGAAAGAACACGACUGGCACAGUUCCUCACAGUCAGGGGCUCAGCACAGAAGCAGCAGGCACAGGAAGCAGUUGUACACAUGCAACCGCCAACAGGAGAAUAUAUAAUUGCUAACGAAACGGGAACAGAAAAUUCAGUCCUGAUAGAGCUCCAGUCACAACGGGGCCUUCCCAGUGUAGGGAUUAAUGGAACUGCUGUGGAAAUUGACAGAAGAGUCAACACAACAUCGUAAGAACUGUAACAUGGCUUCAAUCCUGAUGUCCCAUGGAAGCAAUCCCUUUUUAUAAUACCCAACUCAGACUACCCAUCAACCUUCCAGGAGAAGAUCAGAAUCUUAGUGCAUUAUUUUCUGUUCUACUUUGAUGCAAGCUUAUUAAUUUAUAUAAAUUAAUAUCUAUGUGUUAGAAAUUUGAGUCACAACAUACAUCUUUCUUGCAUUGAUGGCUCUUUAUAUCACAGGCUGAGUGCAGCAAACCAUUUACUAAAAGGUACUUAAGAUAUCAACAUCAGAACCCACAGAAGAGAUUAGGUAGAGUUUCAGUGAAUUGAUAAGUGCACUGUCAAUUUGUCUUGAUUGUUCUUCCUAAGGAGAAGGGGAAGUUAAAUUAUCAGUAACCUCUUAUAAGGACUGAAAAUGCAAUAAACAAGUUUUAUCUCCUAAAACUUGUUUAUUUUCGAACAUUUUUUGGUUCUUUUGUUUGAUGAUUUAUUUUUGUCCUCUCUUUGGGUGCUGGCUGACCUGCUGUUUAUUUUUUUAAGGAUUUCCAGCAUCCACGGUUUUUAAAAAAAAAUUUGUUCGCUUAUUUGCUUUAUUUAUUCUUUUAUGCAAGUGAAACUUUUUGUCAUUAUCAGAAAGUAAAGUUAAUUCAGAUAUUAGCCCUGCAACAGGCUCCAUUUGAAUUCCCCUGCCAUUUCUCACAGCAGAAAACCUGUCAGGCAUCACCUCCUUCCAAGUCUUGCUUUACCCCUUCACAAGAACAUCAACAACCUUAUCAUCAAAUUACUGAACUUAGUGUGAUUAGUUGUUUCCUGCCUCUUACAUAAAUUUGACAGCCGUAUUGAACAGCAGGGAUAGAAAAGUCCUUACCAAUUUCAUCCCUAAGACAAGAACUAUCGACAUAUCUUCUAAAUUAUUCCCCUCAUCAGGAGAAACACUUGAUCUCACUACCCACGAUAUUCUCCACUGAUGAGCCCUAUGGAGGUUGGUUCAGCUUUACUACCUUCCGUGAUCUCAAAGUAUUGAUUCUACAUCGCCUUUCUCUGCUGCUGGGCAGUAAGUGUAACCCGUUGUCUGCUACAGCUGGUAGAAUUUAAAUAACCUUUGUUAGUUUGGUUGCUAUUUAGCUUUAGUCUCCUUUUGGGUUUUAGCGAUUUUUUUUUUUACCAUGACUCGCAUUUUAUAUUUUUAUAAGUAAAGAUCUGGAAACAAGUUUGUAUUUUUUUAAUUCAGAUCCGGUCUUUUCUGAAAGAUCUGAUGUUAAGUAUUGUUGUCCAGGUUUCCUGGAGCUUUACUAUUGUGUUCCUCACUGUUCCCUUAAAGUAACUUAAUCACUACCAGGCAAAGACUUGACCUGUAAUUCAGUAAAGCAUUGGAAAGCCUCUGAUAUUUGUGAUUUUUUUUUUGCUGGAGGAAAGGUCUCCCUGCCUAUGGUUUGAGCAUAGUGCCAAUGUUUGACCAAAGAGAACGUAUCUCACACACAAUGGGCCCAAAUAGCUUCUAUGCUGUAACAUUCUGCAAUUCAUUCCUGCCAUUCAAAGAUAUCAGUGAGUUAUGACACACUUGAAGCACUAUCAGUGACAACUUUUCUUCCAAUCCAUAACACUAUGGAAAUAUUCUGACCUCCCAUCCGUUCAAAAUUAUGAACCCAAUUUUUAAUUAAUUAUAUCUAUUUAUUUAGUUGUUACUAAGUGGUAAACUUUAUUUUUUAUUAAUGAAUGAUAUUUGGCAAAAUGGAAGUGAGCGAUUUAAAAAGCAGAAUGUAGCGGUGGUCCUAAUCUUCCAUAUAAAAUGCUUUGGCUGAUAAAUGAGUUCAUCAACUAUACUAGUUAAAUGAAAAUGAACUUCAAAUAAGAGUGAGCAUGAAGAUUUUCAAUCAGUCCACGUACAUUAGCAACCAAAAGUCCCCAAUGAUAUCAUACUUUACUCUUCCAAAUUUAUUUUAGUAAGGCCAAUUUAUCCCCUAUUCUCAAAAAGGAAUAAUCAUACUACCAACGUAGGAAAGCACAAUAAGUGAAUUUUAACUGGAUCAGUUAUUUUCUUGCCUACAUAACCUCUGGUGACUGGUCAGCACUGUAACAUAAAAUGUUCAAGAAAUUAAAAUUAUGUUUUGUCUAUUAUGGUGCACUGACUUUCCAUAAAGGCAAAAUGUACUCAACGAUGUAACAAACUUAGCAGCAGCCUGACUGGAACCAAGACUUAGGAAUCACCAUAUGUGCAUUGGGAUGCUGCAGAAGUUUAAUCGAUGAAUGCCAUGUGUAGAUAAUUGUUGAUCCUCCCACUGUGUGCCUGUCCCUGACUUUGUUACUGCAUUGCCAAGGUUGUUGUUGAUGGUUGAUUUGAUUCACUCUUCCAAUAGCAUUUAAAUCCACUAUAUCAUCUUAAAGCCAUCUUGAUUCCAAAGAGAUCUUUUUUUUCAAGUUUUAAUGAUUUUAUGUCAGUAGCAUUAGAUGAAAUUUACUUAUUUUAUUCUCUGUAGUUAGCCAGAAUGGUCAAAGAGAUUUUGUUUUGUUUUAUUACAUCCAUGUCAAUGCAUGUUUAAAAAAAAAGUGCUGGAGAAAUCCACUCCAAGUUUAAUAGCCAGUUUUCAGAAAUAUGCUCAUUUGCACAUUUUUUCAUGACCAUUUUAUGUUUGCAAUUAUGUUUUCCCUGUUUUAAAAAAUCAGAGUUAGUAGAAAUUGGAAAAAGCUGGUUAUAUACCAGAUGAACAUCUGGCUUCUUUCGUUUGAAUAUCAGUACCUUGCCUUGAUCAGUUGCUUCUUUCUACUGCUUUUACCUUGCCUAGAGUUGAGUUGAACCAACACAAAAUGAAUGAUAUUUUAGUCCUUAAUUGGUGACCUUCAGUAAAUUAAACAAAAUCAUUAGAAUGAAAAUAUUAUUAGUUUCUCCUGAAGAAUUCACCUAAUUCUGAUAAGCAUCAAUUCGGAUUGAAUGGUACUGACCAGGAAAAUCCAAUAAUCUGGCACCCUUGGAACAUUGGUGCCAGACAAGCAGAAAUUUCAGACUGUUGGAUGUUAUAGCACAACAUUUUGUUUCUGUUACAUGUUAAAUGCUUGUGUAGUAUUUUCCAGUGAAUCUGUUGAAUGUAAAGGGAGCAGGAAAUAUAAAGACACUGUGGACCCUGCUCCACUGUCAAACCCACCCUAGUUCCAGAUCUGAUUCCAGCUGCACAAUCAUUCAUAGUCCAAACCCCAGCGCUGCCAUGCGCCCUAUGUACACUCCAAACUAAUGAAUGAGUCAGGUGCUGAACUGUUAGGAUUUAGUGAUAUUACAGUUUUAUCUUCCAUAUUAUGAUGGGGUGACAUAUUUAUUCUUUGUAUUCUAUUGUUUAAUAUUUUAGCCACCUUGUCCUCUCUAACCUUGACUCUCGGCUCUCCCCGACAGUUAGUCUUUGUUAUUGGAGAAAAGUGAAUUGCUGGUACUGUUUCUAUUUCUAAAAUGACUCAGUGCACCUCUCUCAUGGUCCAUGACAACGUACAAGAAAAAUCUGAUCAUUUCACCCCAUUACAGGUUUGCUUAAUUUUAUCUCUAUUGCUGUGGUCCUUAAUGUUAAUAUUUCUCUUUUUCUUUGUGGCUUUCAGAGCUGCUAGCUAAAAGCUGCCUCUCUCAUCCCACUGCUUCUUUUCACCCACACUUUUACCUUGCUAUGUUGAUCCCUUUGAGGAUCUUGUGCUUGUUGAACUAUUCAUCUAAUCCAUGACGUGGAAAGCUCGAAAGCAUCUAACCUUUGUCUUUUUCCGGGUCUCCUAUUCCUUAUAACUUUAAUGUUAUCUGGUGUCCCUGUUCCACUCAAAAUGCUCUAAUAAACUUGCUAACAAAAAUAAAUUCUGGAAUGCUGAUUCUGCAGAUUUUGAAGUGUCAGAGUUGGGUAAAAGACUCAUUCAGCUGCUUUUUUAGGACUGUUAAUAACUGAAGUCACAGUAUCUUGCAAUUCUUAAUGGAUUUUAAAUUAUGAAAUGUAUACUGUACACAGUGAAAUGGUUUUAGUACUUCUCUGCCAGGUAGAUUAAAGAAAAAGAAAAUCCCAAAUUUAUUGAUUGUGCAGAUCUUGCAAGAAGAAAGAAGCCCUCAAAGAAAUAUCAUUGAAAGUUAUGCCUUAAAAGGAAUGUCUAGAAUUAUUUACUGAAAUACUACUAUACUUUAAGCAGAGCCUCUCCUGAAUGAGUUUGAAAGAAGGUUUUUUUAUACUGGAGUUCAUGGAACUGUUUACUGUGUUAAACUCAUCUAAAAUUAUAUGUGUAGGUCUCCUCUCUGGAUAUCUAAUUUUUUUAGAUUAGUUCUUGAUAUCUUUACUACUCAUUUUCUUUGUAAAUGCUCCAAACCACCAAAUGUAUCUUAACCAUAAGUGCAUUAGCCAAAAAAUUUAGCACAGCAGCAGUUUACUUCAGUAGUCAAUUAGAUAAAGCAAAGACAUAACACAUGCACCAUUGAUCACUAGCAGAUACAUAUAAUUGUGCAACCAUUGUUUUUGGCUUUUAUUUAUAGUUCCCUUGCAUUUAUUCUUUGUAAGCCACGAAUACACACUGCUGCCAUUGACAUACACUACAGUCUUCAUGCUGGAAGAAAUUGUUUUUUUUUUCUUCACAAUGACUAAA